CAAUGGCAGUACCGUAAAUAAACAGAAAUGUAGGCCUUGUAAGUUAUGUGUUCCACGUUUAUAACCCCGAUAACCACCCAUUCCCCUUUUAUCCUCUGACAGUCUCACCGGGACGACUGUCUUCCACCCUCGUACUUUCACACACACACACCACACACACACACAUUAUACAUAUACAUUAUUAUAUAAUUUUUUUAUAUACACACACAUUAUAUCUCUAUCCCAUCUUCAUUGCUGCAACAAUGGCGUUCAGGCCGGUGAUCUGGUUAUGCGCAGUUGCCUUUGUUCUUCUUCACUCAUGGCUGCCCCUGGUUUCCGCCACCGCCGCCGCCGCCGUGAAAACUUACAUCGUGCACAUGAAGCAUAACCAGAAGCCCGCAUCCUACGCCACCCACACUGAGUGGUACUCCGACCACCUCCAGUCACUCACUUCCGCCGCCCCAGAUUCCCUCCUCUACACCUACGACGCCGCGUACAGCGGCUUCGCCGCCGCCCUCACCCCGGAGGAAGCCGACUCCAUUCGCCAGUCAGAUUCCGUCCUCGGCGUUUACGAGGACACAGUCUACACUCUCCACACCACCCGCACGCCGGAGUUUUUGGGCCUCAACACCGAGCCCGGCCCGUGGACAGGGCACAGCCUGCAGGAACUCAAUAAAGCAUCUCAGGACGUGAUAAUCGGCGUUUUGGACACCGGCGUGUGGCCGGAGUCGAAGUCGUUCGCCGAUUUCGGCAUGCCGGAUGUGCCGACGCGGUGGCGCGGCCGGUGCGAGGCGGCCGGAGAUUUCAACCCCAAAAUCCACUGCAACAAGAAGCUAAUAGGCGCCAGAUUCUUCUCCAAAGGGCACAACAUCGUGUCCGGAGCGAAGGAGGCACAGUCCCCCCGCGACAACGACGGCCAUGGGACCCACACGGCGAGCACCGCCGCCGGAUCUCAAGUCCAGAACGCCAGCCUGUUGGGCUACGCCAGAGGAAACGCGCGUGGGAUGGCGACCCACGCGCGAUUGGCUACUUACAAAGUUUGCUGGAAAUCGGGUUGCCUUGGGUCCGACAUACUCGCCGCAAUGGAGCGCGCCAUUCUCGACGGCGUAGACGUUUUGUCCAUGUCUCUCGGCGGCGGAUCUGCGCCGUACUUCCGCGACACGAUUGCGAUCGGAGCUUUUGCGGCGGUGGAGAGGGGAAUUUUCGUUUCGUGCUCGGCGGGGAACAGUGGGCCCACUAAGGAAUCGUUGGCGAAUGUUGCGCCGUGGAUUAUGACUGUCGGCGCCGGCACAAUCGAUAGGGAUUUCCCUGCUUUCUCUACUUUAGGUAAUGGCGAGAAAUACAAUGGGGUUUCUCUGUACAGUGGGAAAGGUAUGGGGAGGAAGUCGGUGGAAUUGGUGUACGGCAAAAACGCCAACACUACCGGCAAUUUGUGCCUGCCGGGUUCUCUCGAUUCCGCCGCCGUGCGUGGAAAGGUGGUUCUAUGCGACAGAGGGAUCAGUCCGAGGGUGGAGAAAGGGAUGGUGGUGAGGGAUGCCGGUGGUGUGGGUAUGAUUCUGGCGAACACGGCCGAGAGCGGGGAGGAGCUGGUGGCGGACAGCCACCUGUUGCCGGCGGUGGCCGUGGGGAGGAAAAUCGGUGACGAGAUAAGGCGGUACGUGAAGACGGCCCGAAACCCUAGGGCGUCGCUGAGCUUCGCCGGGACGGUUGUGAACGUGAAGCCGUCGCCGGUCGUGGCGGCGUUCAGCUCUAGGGGCCCGAACAUGGUGACGCCGCAGAUCUUGAAGCCGGACGUUAUCGGGCCCGGUGUGAAUAUCUUGGCCGCCUGGUCACAGGCCGUGGGCCCCACCGGACUCGAUACCGACACCAGGAAGACUCAGUUCAACAUCAUAUCUGGUACAUCAAUGUCAUGCCCGCACAUAAGCGGGCUAGCAGCUCUGCUCAAGGCAGCUCAUCCAAACUGGAGCCCGAGCGCCAUCAAAUCGGCGCUGAUGACCACAGCCUACACCCACGACAACGCCAACUCACCUCUCCGCGACGCGGCAGAUUACUCCCUCUCCACACCGUGGGCCCACGGUGCCGGCCACGUGGACCCCCACAAGGCCCUAUCACCAGGGCUCGUGUACGACGCCACUCCAGAGGAUUACGUCUCCUUUCUAUGCUCGUUAGGCUACACAAAGGAGAUGGUGCAGAUCGUAGCCAAGCACCCGAACAUUACCUGCUCUAAAAGAUUCCACGAUCCUGGCCAGCUCAACUACCCGUCUUUCUCCGUGAUGUUCCGGAAGACUGGGGUUGUGAGGUACUCGAGGGAGUUGACCAAUGUGGGGCCCGCGGGGUUGACCUAUCGGGUUUCUGUGGAUGCCCCUCCGAAUGUUGAGGUGAGUGUGAGUCCUUCGACGCUUGUUUUCAAGAAUGUGGGUGAUAAACGGAGGUUUAGGGUUACGUUUGUUUGGAAGAAGGAAGUGGGUCCGGUGGUUAGGCAUGGGUUUGGUUCGAUUGUUUGGAGUAAUGCGCUGCACCGAGUGAGUAGCCCGGUUGCAUACUCGUGGACACAGCUCUGAGGUUUUUUCGGUGUCGACUAUUUUAGGGAUUGAAGUAUUGGAUCAGAGUUAGCAGAGAGGAUAAUUUGUUGCUCUAAAUGUUUAUUUGUUUCUGGUGAAGUUAAUGUAGUUGAACUAGGCGUCGCUGCUAGCAUUCUUCUCCUUUGAUAUUCAUAGGGUGGAAAUGUGAACCGAAAAAUUCCGAUUUGUUUCGGAAAUGCACUUAAUUU